CCAACAGUCAAAACUGGAGACCUGACAGGUGUGUAACCAAAACCACAGGCUGAUGACAAAAACCACAACUGCAGUUUCAACCACCUGUAACUCUACACCAAAACCUGGGAAAACAAGCAGGCUUAGUCACGCCAGGACAAUGGCCUCAAACCUUUUCCUGCAUAACUCCUCCUACACUGGAUCCUGUCAACACAUCGCUGUUCCCUCCUCUUCAGAUCUAGAGGUUUAUUGCUGAGUGCAACAGCUGCAAAGCCUCAUUCGCUGCAGAAACGAAAGGUGUGGAGAUCAGAGAUCAGAGCUGUUGCUGCACUGCAGAAGACAAACGAACACAGUUGUCGAUACUGAGAGCUGAAAUGGCGGAGAGCGAUCAACCGGACCGAGAUAAGUUGUUUUGUUCCAUCUGUUCAGAUUUACUGAAGGAUCCGGUGACCAUUCCCUGUGGACACAGUUACUGUAGGAACUGUAUUAAAGACCGCUGGGAUGGAGAAGAUCAGUGUGGAACACACAUCUGUCCCCAGUGCAGAGAGACGUUUGAACAGAGACCUGGGUUAAGGAGAAACACCAUGAUAGAAGAGUUGAUUAAAUAUCUGAAGAAGAUGGGAGUUGCUCUCGCUGACCACUGCUAUGCUGGACCUGAAGAUGUGGCCUGUGAUGUCUGCACCGGAAGAAAGAUGAAAGCUGUCAAGUCCUGUUUAACCUGUUUAGCUUCUUAUUGUAAGAAUCAUCUCCAGCCUCACUAUGAUGCUGCACCAUUAAAGAAACACAAGCUGGUGAAUCCCUCCAAGAACCUCCAGGAGAGCAAAUGCUCUCGUCAUGAUAGGGAGUUGGAGAUUUUCUGUCGUCUUGAUCAGCAGUGUAUCUGUUAUCUCUGCACUAUGGAAGAACAUAAAGACCACGAAACGGUAACAGCUGCAGCAGAAAGAGCUGAGAAGCAGAAGGAGCUCCAGGAGAGUCAACAACAAAUCCAGCAGAGAAUCCAGGACMRAGASAAAGAUGUGAAGCUGCUUCAACAGGAGGUGGAGGCCAUCAAUGUCUCUGCUGAUAAAGCAGUGGAGGACAGUGAGGAGAUCUUCACUGAGCUGAUCCGUCUCCUCCAGGAAAGAAGCUCUGAGGUGAAGCAGCAGAUCAGAUCCCAGCAGGAAACUGAAGUGAGUCGAGUCAAAGAUGUUCAGGAGAAGCUGGAGCAGGAGAUCAGUGAGCUGAAGAGGAAAGACGCUGAGCUGGAGCAGCUCUCACACACAGAGGAUCACACCCAGUUUCUCCUCAACUACCCCUCACUGUCAGCACUCAGUGAGUCGACAUACUCAUCCAGCAUCAACAUCCGUCCUCUGAGACACUUUGAAGACGUGACAGCAGCUGUGUCAGAGCUCAGAGACAAACUACAGGACGUCCUGAGAGAAUCAUGGACAAACAUCAAACAGGUAAUACCUGAAGUUGAUGUUCUACUGUCAGAACCAGAACCAAAGACCAGAAAUGGAUUCUUAAAAUACUCUCAAGAAAUCACUCUGGAUCCUAACACAGCUCACAAUAAGCUGUUAUUAUCUGUGGGAAACAGAAAAGUAACAUCAACUGACCAGCAACAGUCUUAUGCUGAUCAUCCGGACAGAUUCAGUGUUUAUAAUCAAGUCCUGAGCAAAGAGAGUCUGACUGAACGUUGUUACUGGGAGGUGGCAAUGAAAGGAGGAGCUGGAGUUGGAGUAGCAGUUUCAUACCAGAACAUCAACAAGGCAGAACCAUUUGGAUUCAAUGACAAAUCUUGGUCAUUAAAUUGUACUGCAGACGGUUACAUAUUUCAUCACAACAAAGUUAAAACUCCAGUACCAGGUCCAGUUUCCUCCAGAGUCGGAGUGUACCUGGACCACAGAGCAGGUAUUCUGUCUUUCUACAGCGUCUCUGAAACCAUGACUCUGAUCCACAGAGUCCAGACCAGAUUCACUCAGCCGCUACAUGCUGGGAUUAGACCGCUCUUUAGUAAGGACUCUGUGGAGUUUGUUAAACUGAGAUAGUCAGCAGUGAUCUGAGGUCCAGUUGGUUCAAAUGUGUAUUUUUGUUUCAGUUGUUUUAGUCUAAAUCAUUGUUUUCAUUUCUUCACUGUCCAGAUCAGCUGUGUUUAUGGAGCUACUUUGCCGCCUUGUUUGUUUUGUAGAUGUUGGAGUUUGUUUGGGUGCUGCCCCUUCCUGUUUCUGUUCAGCCACAGAACCUAUCGCUGCUAAGGAGGAUUUUUAUUCACCUAAUCUAAUUUCAUUUAGAUUUAUUGCUUUGUCAGACCAAAGGUUGUUGUUCAAAUAACUGUACAGAUGAGAAGAUCAGAUUAUGAAUCUAUAUGUGUCAAUAAAUUCAACUUGUG